GUUGCGGAAACCUUUCACUGAAGGAGGGAUGACAUGUAAUGGACCAAACAGCACUGAAGCUUGUGCCACUUUGGAGGAGGAUCCUGAGCAGGAGCUGGCUAAUGAGAUCUCUAGGCACCAAACAUUUGCCAGUUUUCCAAGUGACUGUCCUGUUUCCUCCUCAGCUUUAGCCCAAGCUGGAUUCUUCUACACUGGAGAACGAGACCAAGUAGAGUGCUUUAGUUGUCACACGACUGUAGAAGGAUGGCAACAGGGGGACUCUGCAGUAGAAAGGCACAGAACAGUUUCUCCAGAUUGCAAGUUUAUCAGUGACAUUAAUUUUGGAAGGACUGAUACACAUCAUCUUCUGAAUUGUCAGCACAGAUCAGAAAAUGGCUCAGCCAGUACUACUGUACAACCUGUUCCUGAUCAGUCUUCCGAUCUAUAUGCAGAUUAUCUGUUGAGAACUGGGCAAGUGGUUGAUCUCUCAGGUUCUAUCUACCCUAGAAAUCCUGCCAUGUGUAGUGAAGAAACUAGGCUGCGAUCUUUUCACAACUGGCCACCCUGUGCCCCUGUCAGUCCAAAGGAUCUGGCCCAUGCUGGACUCUAUUACACUGGCAUUGAUGAUGAAGUCGAAUGCUUUUGUUGUGGGGGCAAACUGAAAAAUUGGGAACCUUGUGAUCAAGCUUGGUCAGAACAUAGACGCCAUUUCCCAAGGUGUUUCUUUGUCCUUGGUCGUGAUGUUGGGAACAUUGGAAAUGUUUCAAAUCAAUCUGGUGAUGCCAAGCUGAAUAGAAGCAAUAUGCAUAAUGCCAGCCUCCCUCAAAAUCCAUCUAUGGCAGAUUAUGAAACUCGAAUUAAGACUUUUGCGACUUGGAAUUAUUUGGUUAGCAAGGAACAGCUUGCUCGAGCAGGCUUUUAUAGCAUAGGUAAUGGUGAUAAUGUUGUAUGCUUUCACUGUGGUGGUGGACUACAAGAAUGGAAGGCAUAUGAAGAUCCUUGGCAGCAACAUGCAAAAUGGUUUCCUGGGUGCAAAUACCUGUUAGAAGAAAAAGGACAAGAUUUUGUGAACAGCAUUCACUUAACUCAUUCAGUGCAGGAUUCUACAAUAGAGGAGAUUGAGAAGACAUCAUGUCUUAAAGAUGAAGAAUUGUUACAAAAUCAAGUCGUACAGAAUGCAGUACAUAUGGGUUUCAGCCUGGAUGAAAUUAGGAAAGCAAUGGAAAGGAAGCACUGCUUGUCUGAAGAGAGCUACAAAUCUGUGGAGACUUUGGUUGCAGAUUUAAUAAAUGCCCAAAGAGAAAAUGUAUUACAUGAACCUUGGGAAAAAGAACUCAGUACAGAAGAGAAGUUGAAACGUUUACAGGAGGAAAAGCUCUGUAAAAUCUGUAUGGAUAAAACAAUCUCAGUAGUUCUCAUUCCAUGUGGACAUCUUGUUGCUUGUAAGGACUGCGCUGAAGUUCUUGACAAAUGUCCUCUGUGUUGCACAGUGAUUGCAAAAAGACAGAAGAUAUAUAUGUCUUAGAAGCACUUUCCUUCCUUUACAACGACUGACCACAUAUGCAUUGUUAUCACAGAAAUGGAUUUAAGGGAAAGUCACUGACUGAAUGCACUGAUCACAAAACUGGUAAAUUAUUUUAUAGUCCUAAUGUCCUGAUCCUGAAUUCUCCUAGAAUGGGGGAUAGAUAAGGUAUUGUCCUCCAGGCACAAUGGAAGUGCAGGUCCCAUCAUCCCACAUCAUUGGGUGUUGCAGCAAGAGUUGCAGUCCAUCCUUGCUCUGGGCUGACAGGAACUUUACUGAGUUCCACAGCAGAGUUUCUCAUGGAUAUAAUGCUGUGGGCUCUCAGGAUCUCCCAUGAACAGCCAUUGGGUGGCCUUUUUCCUUCCUCCUCAUGAGAUGUCCCACUUAAAGACUUCUAGAGGCCUAGUUCUCACUAAAGUGGUAAAUCUGUGUGUGGCUUUUACUUCUUCAAGUGGGGAUAUUUCUGAUCUUUGCAUUGAAGAGUACUCCCUUAACCAUCCUCUACUGGAGGUCUGAAGAGGUACAGUCCAGACACAGACAUUCCCCCUUUGCAGCUUACCCCAAGGAUCUGCCCAAAAUCUGCCCACCAAAUUUACUUUAAAUUGAAGAAAGUUUCAAAACAAAUGGAGGAGGAGCAAGACUUUAUGGCAUUUUGUACUAAGGAUGCCUCUUCACCUAAAUCAGCAGAAACCUCUCUUGUUUGGUGGUCCAUCUUACACCUAUCAGAUAGAGAAUUUGGCAUAACCCAUCGCUCUGAAGUUUUCAUAGUGCACAUACAUAAAAAAUUGUGCUGCUAUUGUUGUAUAUCAAAAUGUUACCAAAAUAAAUAGAGCAACAGUUGGAUUGCUUAGUAUCAAUGCUUGCAAUUAUUAAAUAUCUAACAAUGUAUAAGUGGACACCAAAUGUGAAUGUGCAGUAGUUAAUGAGUACUAGUCCCAUUGCUUUAAUGUAAUUGGAAAAUGCGUUAGACUUGAGGGCUUGAUCACAUUUUGCACAUCCCAGUCAGUUUCCAGAAAAGGAAAAUGGGUUAGAAAGAUAGGCUAACAAAACACAGGGUAAAUGAAAUGUCUUUACAGGAUUGCUGGUGUGGUCUUUUCAGACCAUAGCAAGAAUGUAGAUAAUAUUUUGUGAAUUACAGAACGAUGUGUUUUAUUUUCAAUUCUAAUGUAAUGACUUUAGUCUACCAUCUAGGUGCCAGUUUCUAAUACUAUAGUUUGGAAUAUUGUCUUCAGCUGACAAUGAAAGUACAGUAUAUGAUCUGAAGGCAUUAGGUGAUAUUUAAUCCCUUUGUUAAGAUGCAAAUAUUAUUCAUAUCCCAGAAAGCUUUGGCUACUGGUGCUAAACUUCAGCGUAUCUGGAUCCUGCCCCUCGCUGUGCUAAUUUGGUAAAUUAUGUUUUGUUCCUUAACUUUGUGAAUAGAUUCUUCAAGAUCCCAUAUGCUAUUUUUAUGAAUUAAUUUAUUUAUAGCACUUUUGUGCAGCUUUUAUGGUUCUUAUAAGGGUCCUGAAAGUGCUUUACGUAGCAGAAUACCAAUUACAUUAUAUGUCAUAAUCUUUCUACCUACUGUCUUUGUAAAUCCAUAUAUACUAGUUGACUACAUAUUGGUUAUUCUAGAAACACUAGCAUGAGCAGGUCUAACAUGGACCUCUUAGCAUUAAACAAUAGAAUGCUAACAGCUAAAAAUUAUAUGUAAGCUGUUCAUGUGUAACUACUUUGGUCUGCAGUGGGGUUUAUGCAUGAGUAUCUAGGUACACACUUAUAUAUUGGGACACUGAUUAAAAAUACUGACAUGAAUGGCUUCCUCUAAGUUCCUCGAAAGAGCAGCAUAAUCACCUCAAAGUCUCUGAACCCCUAAACAUUUUGCUGGAAUGAAGACUGACAAGUAGUAUCUUCAUAGCUCUAUACACCUGCAUUAUGGAUCAGGCUUUACAUGUUUUUAUUGGCUAGUGGGUUUUUUUAAAACUGAAACAAAUGCUUUAAAGUGGUCUGUGCUCAUAUGAAUAAAUCACCAGUGAUCAAAUUUAUGCACAGAAUUUUUUUUAAUCUCCAGAUUAUAUGACAGUUAUCUAAAUGUCACAUGUAUUGACUGAAAUCCAGUUGCUUAAUCUUAGCUUAAUUCAGUGAGGUCUGUAGAAGAGCACAAGAUAUCAACAGAAAUUAAGACUGUAAAAGUGCACUGGCAAAAGAACUGUAUUCUUUAUCGAUGAUCAGGCUAUCCAUCCCACCAGUUACAUAUUUGCACAUUUCUUGCUAAUCCAUUUGUGUUGGCAACACUACAAGAAAAUGUUGUUAUAUGGAAAAAGACGUUCACAGCAUUUGUUCACAACAAUCCAGUUUUUUUUUAAUCUUGCUGAUAAGAAAUCAUUUUAAUUUAUUUGACGGGUUUUUAAAUUAUGCAUAUUAUAAAACAGAUUUGAAAUCAAACUGUGUAAUAAGCUUGGAUAUAAAUAUUGUUGUUCUUUAAGUGAAUAAUAAUUCUCCCCAAUUAAAGCUUUGAGUUGAGUAAGCAAUAUUCCAAAAUAUGGAAAGGAAAUUAUUUUUUUAGAAUCUUGUAAUUAUGUAAUAUAAUCAUAGAACUGUUUUUGCAAUCUCAAUUUGACAGUUUUGAAUAAAGUGAUUUUUCUAAUCAAACUGUUUUCUGCUGCUAA